AUGCUGAAAAGCGAAGAACCACCGAUUGGAUCGUGGCUCUGUGCUAAUGGCAAAUAUCGCGACUAUAUCGAGGCCUUGAGCGGGUCCAAUCCUGGCCUGAAGAAGGCCGAUCCAAACAACAAGGAUGAGCCACUGAAAUAUGGCAACGCGCUCGUCGCGCUUUUAGACGCUCCUCCUACUGGGGCAUCUGGUUUCACAACGACUGAAUUUAGAGGCGAGAAAGAGCUUGUUAGGCACUUUGAAUCCGCGGGGCACAACCACAACCGUCGGCGCAUCUAUAUCAUGGAGGGUCUGGCACCUGAUUUUGUCGCAGCCGUCGGCGGUCACUUUUUCAUGGAUCCUUCAUUCUUCCAGCGGCAAGAGAGGACAUGUGUCUGGAGUAACGACUUUACACCGGUGAGCGAUGCGCUGCCCCAACCUAGCUUGCUUGACCCACGGCAAGCUUUCCAGCUCCAGUAUUGCGAGUUGCGACAGUUCAACAAGGCGCUCGAGAACCGCUACUUCUUCUGCGAGCGAACGCGACGGCAUGUGGGCAUGACAGCAUCCCGUCAGAAGGAGAACAGUACGAUCGGAAUACUACGUCGCAAAGUCGGCUGGUGGUCUCGCCAGACCGAGAAUGGCGGCUGGGAUGUGGUCAUAUUGUGCGAUCCCCAGCUGCUUCAUCUAAGCCCUCCGCCCAAAGAAGUCGAUCCCGACGACAACACACUUCGUCCAAUCGCCAAUGUACGCGACGAACUUCAAAACACGCCCUUUCAGGAAGGCUAUGUUGACUUCAUUCCGCCCGUCCCUCAUCAUCAAAUACAAAGCAAAACACGACAUCCGCAUGCGUCAAUGCUGCGCGAUCUCCUCCACUACUACCAGCAACACUCCGAUCUGUUCUCCGAAGACGAAUGGGCUACGCCCAGUACAUCAGCAAUCUUCCUCAAGAAGAUAGUCGCUGCGCACUACCUCCAGCUUGUCGAUUACAUCAAAGCAAUGCUGCCUUCAUUGGAGCUUCGUCUUACUACCGCAUGGGUUGAAGAGCAGGGUCAAUGGAAGAGCUUGCAGACUAUUUCACGUCGGUGCGGCAACUAUCGCGACGAUCUUGAAGAUGCAUUACUCAGUCUCGACUAUUCGCUAGAUGGGCAGAUCAACAAGUCCGUCAGGUUGCAUGCGCACACGUGGAAAGACUGCGAGAAAGACUUCCAAUACGUCUACUUCCGUCUCAAGAUCCUUAAAGAAAGGGCUGAUAAUCUGAUCCAAGCCAUGACUGGACUGGCAUCGAUCGCGGGUAAUCGUCAGAACUUGGAGGAGGCCAAGCGCGUGAAACGACUCAAUCUUCUCGCCCUGUUGUUCAUUCCCUUGGCAUAUACGAGCAGCUUGUUCAGUAUGCAAGACAAUUACGCACCGAACCGAAGUGAAUUCUGGGUCUAUUGGGUCAGCGCCAUCGGGGUUGUCGCAUUCACCGCCGUCAUCACGUGGAUCCUGGACAAUGCUCUGAACGACGAAGCGCAGUGGACCUGGAAACCGAUCACCUUCCUCAAAUUCUGGGGCGUUAACGAACAACAACCCCAACCCGGGAAAGUGAAGAGAAAAAUGACUAAUCUCUACCGGCUAUGA